ACCACUUCCUACUUCCGCAAACACAGCUCUGUGUAGCUUCCCCGUUUAUCGGUUGAUCAAUGCGGCGGUUGGUUUCUGCCUUUCCGUCUCCUGGCCCCUAUUUCAUAUUUACAACAGCUCCAGUACAUUUAUGAGUGAUUGAUAGUAAAGCAUCAUCAAUGACGGCCAACAGCCGCCGCUGCUCCGCCGCCGAGCCUCCGGGCCUGGAGACCCAGCGGCGGGAAAUCGAGUCUCUGCUGCGGGAUAGUGAGCUCCGCGCUGGGGACAGUUGGUACGUGGUGGAGCGUCGCUGGUAUGAACAGUGGAAGGAGUUUGUGGAGACGGGAGACCAGAACUCGUCGUCCUUUCCUGGUCAGAUUGACAACGCUGAACUGUUUGAGGAUCUGGACUCGUACCACCUGAAGGAGCGCCUGGUGGAGAACGAGGACUUUAUGUUGGUGCCGGCUGAGGCCUGGCACAAGCUGCUGGUCUGGUAUGGCAUGGUUGACGGGCAGCCGCCGCUAGAACGCAAGGUGGUGGACCUGCCCAGCACGCUGAAGGUGGAGGUUUACCCCGUUGAGAUCUUCCUCUGUCUCCAUAGCAACAUGGAGAACGUCAUCACCGCACAGUUCAGUCGCGCCGACAGCAUACACUCGAUCCAGAGGGUGAUGUGUGAGGCCUUCUCGGUACCUCCGGGCUCAGAGUGUCGUCUCUGGAUGAAGAGUUCGGACAGCAGCUGUGAGCGUCUCAGGAACGUCCACGUGAGCGUGUUGGACGCCUGUUUGAGCUCCGGGAUGACGGUGAUUAUGGAGACGAGAAAUGCCGACGGCACCUGGCCGAGCUCCAGACCUCAGAUCAUGAGGAACUCUGUGGAGGAGCAGGACUCGUACCGAGGACAGCCGGGAGUCUGCGGCCUCACCAACCUGGGCAACACCUGCUUCAUGAACUCUGCUCUGCAGUGUCUGAGUAACACUCCUCCUCUGACGGAGUACUUCCUGCAGAGCUCCUACCUGGAGGAGCUCAACUUCACCAACCCGCUUGGCAUGAAGGGCGAGAUCGCCGAGGCCUACGCUGACGUCAUCAAACAGAUGUGGUCUGGGAGGCAUUACUCUGUGGUGCCGCGCGUCUUCAAGACGAAGGUGGGUCACUUUGCGUCUCAGUUUCUGGGUUACCAGCAACACGACAGUCAGGAGCUGCUGUCGUUCCUGCUGGACGGACUGCACGAAGACCUGAACAGAGUCAAAAACAAGGAGUACAUCGAACUACGGGACGCCGAAGGACGACCAGACCAGGAAGUGGCCGAGGAGGCGUGGCGUAACCACCGCCGGCGGAACGACUCGGUGAUCGUUGACACGUUUCACGGCCUCUUCAAGUCCACGCUCGUCUGUCCGGAGUGCCACAAGGUCUCUGUGACCUUCGACCCCUUCUGCUACCUGAGCGUCCCACUUCCUGUCAGCAAGGAGCGCGUCAUGGAGGUCUUCUUUGUCUCUCUGGACCCCUACGCCAAACCUGCACAGCAUCGUGUUGUGGUUCCUAAAGCAGGAAAAGUGUCUGACCUCUGCUCUGCUCUGUCCGAGAUGACCAGCGUACCUCCCACACAGAUGGUGGUAGCUGAUGUGUUCAACCACCGUUUCUAUAAGAUCUACAACGCUGAUGAAUCUCUGAGCUGCAUACUGGACCGAGACGACAUCUUUGUGUACGAGCUGAGUGUGCUGGACGAGGAGCAGCAGGAGGAGCAAGUGCUGCUGGCUCUCUACCUGAGGGAGCGCUCUCACUACAGAGACUACGGCUCGGGCAGCAGCUCGUACGGCACGUCGCUGUUCGGACACCCGCUCCUGCUCAGCGUGCCGCGCGACAGCUGCAGCCGGGAGGCGCUCUACAACCUGUUCCUGCAGAGGCUGGCGCGCUAUGUUCGACCUCCCGAUCCCUCUGAGGAAUUGGAGGAAGAGGAGGAGGAAGAAGAUGAAGAUGAAGAGGAGCUGUACAAGACUCAGACCAACGGCAUCAGUGACGAGGAGGAGCAGGAGGAUGUAGAGAAAGCCGGGCCCUCUCAGACAGAACUCUGCUGCGGCGAUGCAUCGGCAAGCAGCCAAUCGGACGACACCGCUACCGCCGAGCCCCACCCCGAUAUAAACCACACACAGCCGUCAUUGGACGACGGCGACACGGAGACCAAUAACGGGUCCCAGAACCAGACUGAGCCCGUCUGCAGCGCCGACGCUAACACCGCCAACGCCGAUGAUGUUAAUCCCUGCGAGGGCUCGUGCAGGACCACUGACACCAGCUCAGAACCACCAGCAGAGCAACCGCAGCAGCCGCCCUGUGAGACCACAGAAGAAGAAAAAGAAGAAGACAAGCAGGAGGAGGCGUGUUCCCCGAGCCCGCCGGCCAAUGAGCAGCCAGCUAAGAGGAAGGCGUAUCGCAAGAGGAGGAAGAGUCUGUUCACCAUCCAGGCGGUCAACUCCAACGGGACGACUGAGAGAGGGAUGGGAGAGGGAGGGAGCGCUGUCUCCUUCAGCUCUCAGCCUUAUGUGGCUAUUGACUGGGACCCUGAAAUGAAGAAGAGAUUCUACAAUGAAAACGAAGCCGAGAAGUAUGUAAAACAUGCCAGCAUGGAGGUUCCUCAGCAGCAGACGACGGUUCAGCUGCAGGAGUGCAUCGAGCUGUUCACCACUGUGGAAACACUGGAGGAGGAGAACCCAUGGUACUGUCCUGUGUGUAAGAAGCACCAGCUGGCCACUAAGAAGCUGGACCUCUGGUCUCUGCCGGAGGUUCUUAUCAUCCACCUCAAGAGGUUCUCCUACACCAAGUUCACCAGAGAGAAACUGGACAGCAUCGUGGACUUCCCCCUCAGAGACCUGGACUUCUCCGGCUGCCUCCUGAGGAAAAGUCUGUCCAAUGGGGAGCCUCCGAGCCGUUAUGACCUCAUCUCUGUGUCCAAUCACUACGGAGGACUCAGAGACGGGCAUUACACCAGCUAUGCGCGGAACAAGGACAACGGUCAGUGGUAUUACUUUGACGACAGCAAGGUGACCUACGCCAGAGAGGACCAGAUCGUGACCAACGCUGCCUACGUCUUGUUCUACCAUCGACAAGACAAGAUCAGAAAACCCACUCUGCCCGCCCCCAACACCAGCCCCGCCGCGUCAUCGUCCACCCAGCCCGCCAACGACAUCACUUCCUGCAAGGAUGACGACGCAGAGCUGGGCGCAGCAGCCGCCGCCGCCUCCUACGUCACCAUGGAAACAGACUAAUUGAACCCCUCGGGAUUUAGUUUAAAUCUACUUUACAUUAAUUUGUUUUUGCUUCUUCAGAACAACGGGCCUCUUUUUAUGUAAUUUAGUUUUUUUUCUUCUUAUUUUCCAACAACACUUGAACUUUCUCUGAUUACUUCUUUUCCCACCGAGUUACUGCAGGCUGAAUCUCAAAUCUCCUCAAAUAUUAGUUUUCUCUGCUUGGUAGAUAACACGGACACUUGAUACUCAGGUAGUUUGAUGCACCGGGGCUGAAGGUGAUCUGGAGCUCAGUUUUAAUUUGAGCCUAAACUGGAGUUUGAAUAUAGAAGUUUGGACCGACGUCUGCAGGGAGGAAACCAUCAAUCUGCUCUUUACUGGUGAUCACAACUCAGGAGGGGUUUCAUUAUGAAGCCUGGAGCGUGCCAGCAAAAUAAGUACAGACUUUUACUGCGUUUAAUUAUAAUCAAUAAUUCAUUAAAAAUGAUGCAUUACAAAAUACAAAGUAAAGACAUACAUAAAGAUCGUACAACUUUCCAAUUGAUAACUUUUUGUCCUCAUUCUUUCUUUAAAUGAUGAAUUAAUAAUUCGAUUUUAAAAUGGAAUCACAAUAAAUGAAUUGUGAAAAGGUUUUUAAAUGUUUCUUAUCUUCCAUCUCAGUUUAUUUGCUCUGAUAUUUACAGUUUGUACUUUGUGAUUAAUUUAAAGACAUCUCUUGUUAAUACAUAUUUGCUGCUUAAAAAUUAAUUUAUUUUGUAGGUGGCACACUGAUUACGUCUUGUUAAAGCUUUUUUAAAAUUAAAUUAUUCAUUCAUCAUUUAAAGACAAUAACAAAUGAGUUUAUAAUGCAUCAUUUAAAUGUAAUCUAAAAGAUGUAAAUAAGAAAAUGUUCAUUUUUAAUUGAUACUUUAUAAAAUUGAUUAUAAUAAAACACAGCAAAAGUUUCUUAUUCAGGUUUCACACCAGGUUCCAUAUUGGAUGAGAAUUCAUUUAAUAUUAAAAACUAAAAGGAAUACAGUUCAUUAUCUAUAAAUUAGAAAACACUUUGGUUCUGCAAUUAAUUUAAAAUCCAGCUUUUGAAACAUUCACACCUAAUUUUAAGUAAAAGCUAUUAAAUAUUCAAAUAAAUUAUGUUAAAUAGUUUCAACAUUUUCAUGUUUUUAAAUGAAAGCACAUACAUUGUUGAUGUUUUUUUUUGUACUCAACAGAAUUCAGUAGAAACUCAUUAAAGUGGCCUAAGGAGCAGUGUGAAGGGGAUUAUGGGUAAUCAGAGGAAUGUGUUUAUAGCAGAGAAACAGAUAAUUUAAUAUUGAACAAAGCUGCCAGGGAUGAGAAAUUAAUCUUUCUUUGUAUAUUUCGGUUGUUUUCUUCUGCUAUUUAUUUUUUUUUAAAAAUGGAAUAAUUUCAGCUGUCACAUGACUGCAGGUUUUUUUUUUUUUUUGAUUAUUUGAAUUGCUCGACUGGUGCAGGACAUUGAGAUGCUUAUUUUUCAUAUUUAUAGGUGAAAAUUUGUAUUCUGGCGUGAAAUUAUUUGACAGAAUGACGGACGCUGGCAAAGUUUUCUCUUUGUGGUCAGAGUGAGCUCUUACUGAUUUUUAAACCGGCUCUGUGUACAGUAUUUUUGUAUUGUAAGAAAUUUAUUAAUAUUAUAAUUAUUAUCAUUCCUGGGUCGAGCAGGAGGGAAGUUUGGGCUGAUUUCUUUCUUUGGUCUUCCUGUCAAAUAUCAGAUGAAAAUAUUUUAUUGUACUUUCAAUCUUUUGAUAUGAAUAAAAGGAUGAUUAUCACGAUGA